GCACACACAUCACUGCAGCAGAGCCGGUAGAUGUAUUGUUUUACCGUUACAAAUACGCAAUUUUUACCGGGUUUACACCAUAUUGGAGGUCAUGGUUAAAGGCUGAAAGAGUUACUACUCAUCAACAUGUCAUCUUCUAGUCUUUUUUGCGCUGUGGUUUCUGCUGUUUUAGUAUCUGUCCUAUCUCUUGCAACUGGAGAAGAUGCUGAAGUCGGAGUGAAUUUCCAAUAUGUUUUUGAGAAAGAAGACUUCUUUGGGUCAUACUCACUGGGUCCAGACCAGCCAGGUCCUGUCAUCUACAAGCCAUCCCUAGUGAAUAAGCCAGGCCUACCAAGAUGGCUGCAGUAUGUCCAGACGGAUCCUGCCCGCCAGGGAUACGUCUAUGGCACCCCAGACGAUGCCAGUAUUGGUGACAUCAUUCUUGAGAUUAUAGCCCUGAAUACCAACACCUAUCAGUCGGCAAGAGUCGAGGUGCAAAUCUCAAUAACGGAGCAGCCAGAAUCCCCGAGCUACCUUGCCACUUUCUUCCUCAGCAACCAGAACUUAGAGGACAUGUUGCCAGCUACCAAGCAACAAGAGUUUCUGAGGAGAGUGUCGUUAGCUUGGUCCUCACCGACGCCAUUAGUGAUCCACCGCCUAAACCCAGGACCUGUAGACACGACGGAGGAAGGGAUUCCCCUGUUGCCAGGCACCUCAAAGAAGCUUGGCGUUUAUGUGAUUGUUGGUUCAACAACACCUUUUUCUGGAGAACUGCUCUCAGUCAGAACAGAGGUGUUGACAGAGUGCGUGAAUGGAUCCUACAAACCCUUUAAGCUUCACCAAGCAUUUGAUCCAGAGUUUGUCGUGCAAUGGUGUCAACUAGUUUUGACCCAGCCUAACCAGUUAUCCCCGAUGGACCCAUCCCCAUCCACCCCCGGACCCAUCCAUCUAGGAGAUGAGUACAUGCCACCAGCGUUGAUAACCACCCCACCAGACCACCUGAUUGAGUUCUUAUUCAUAGUCAUCCCACCGCUCAUCGUAGCUCUUGUCUUCAUCAUCGUAUUGGGUCUUUUCAUGUGCACUUGCCGAGAGGGAAAGAAAAGAGCGACAAGAACACCAGAACUGACACUCUUCAGAAUACAACUGACCCAUCACCAGGGUAUACGUCAGGCUAGCAGUCAGCUGAGGGCGCUAUCCAAUCGUCGUGACGGCGCUUCCUCUUCCUCCUCUCCUAGUACACCUAUAAUUCCUCACGGUGCAAACCCAGCUAUCAGUAGUGUACACUCGUCUCCAAGACAUCACAUACGUGAUCCAGAUAGUCUCCCUAUGACUAGUACCCCAUUGUUCAGUCGUACGUCACCACCUCCGUACCGAGUACCAUCACAGAAUCAACAACCAGUCACACCCACCACACCCAGAGGCUGCCGAGAGACUACUUUUAGCGAUCCUUUUGACAGUCGUCGGCUUUCAGAACCUGAACAUCCAAGAGGUCGCCCAAUGCCCUCACCAAUCCGAUCACCACCCCCAUUUAUGAGUGGUUCAGCUUCUAGAGGUAACCCUUACGUAGGGUCAGCAUGCUAGGAGAUACCAUUUUGAAUGUGACUUCAGGGGGUUACAGUGUUGUCCAGGUGAAAUAAAGGACAAUGUGCAUGUGCAAUUUUUUAAUAUUUUUGUGUUAUUUUGAGGUUGGUAUACUUGCAUUUUUGUUGAAUGUAAAAAUAAAUUUAAUUUACGCAAGUUUUGCAUGAGGGGUUAAGACCUUUAUUUAAAUUGUUGGCCCAAGACAUAUUUAAUGGGAUUUACAACUUUCAAUGUUCUGUGUUGAAGAGCCACCGAACUUGGCCAGCGUGAAUCCUAUAAUAAGUAGCAGUGUGAAAACAAAGGACAGUAUUGUAGGUUGUUUUCCUUCAUUGCUGAAGUUGUAAAACUGUUUUGGAUCUCCGCAUACAAAGCACCAUUUUUCUAGAUGAUCGUCCCUACAUUUAGCUUGAUAAACACCAAAACUUUUUGUCAUUAGCUCAAAAUACAUUCAAGCUUGUGGAGUAGAUUCAAUGUAAAAUUCACUUGUUAAUAUCACAAUGGAUAGGCCUAGAUGAUGUUCCACCGAGUUGUUUCAUUAAUGUCCACUAGGCUUGUAUUUCAAGACAUUGGAAGUGUAUUUAUGAGUUAGAUUCAUAACGAUUCAAAGGCUUUGUGCAUCAGACAAAGUAUUGUAGUUAAUAAAGGUGUUCUACCAAGUAGAAAUAAAGAUGAAACAACAACAGUUUUAGAGAUUCAAUGUUUAUUUCUCUAUCAGACAAAUUCCAUCAAGGUAUGGAAAUGGGGAAAAAAGAUUGACAAAUAAUGCAAAUAUCAUUCAUACUGAAGCAAUUUUCAGUCUGUAUUCUUGACACAAAUCUUUAGCACCAACAGGGUUUUUUGUGGAGCCCAAAGGGAAAUACAAUUCUGAUAUGACUACAUGGGUUUUUUCAGAAAUUGUAAAAAGUUUCAAAAUAUGAAGCAAACAAAACUGGUUUGUGGCCCUAAUUAGAAAUAACUUUUAAUACAAAAUUAUUAAGGUUUUGAAAGGAGAUCAGUAUCCACAGCAUGGCAUUGGGGAGCCAGACUAAGCAAACAACACUAAUAAUAAUUCAUCACACUGAAGCAGAGAUUGUCUGUUUAGUCAACCCUGAAUUUAACUGAAAGAAAUCUAAGACGACAGAUUUUUUGUUAAGAUACCAACAAAACUAAUUACUUCCAGACCAUCACUCCUAGUUUUUUCCAACUUGUACAAAACAAAUUAAAAACAUGAUUAUUACAUCAAAAUGAUAACGCAUGCAUUACUCAAAAGCAUCAACGGUUUUAGACAAUGGGACAUCAAAUUCUAAAAUAACACAAACUGAAAUCUGUAAACAUCAACUAUGCAUGGAUAAGUCAAAAAACGACUUGCAGAUUACAAUGUCUAAACAGCAUCAGACUAGCUUAGUGGAAGCAAAAAAGAAUUAAUAAACUUUCAAAAUUACUUUUUUUUUUAUCCCGAAGGAUGAUAAACAUUUGAUGUAUUCUUUAAUUUUAUUCAGGUAGACACAACAAUUACUCUGUAAAUGUCUGGAGACUGUUCACAAUUCACAUUAAAAGCAACAAAAUAAAGUAAUUAUCUGUAGAUUAAACAAAACAUGUCCUCACUUUCAAACAAAAUGUGAAUCAACCUUUCGUUUUCAAACUGAAAAGCAACCCGAGCUUAACUCAUUUUCUCAAAAAUAUUUUUUCAAAUCUAGUCCCUUGACCAAUAUGCUCUACAAGGCAUCUCAUUUCCUGUCAGGUUUUGUUGUUUUUGUCUGAAAUCUGUCAAUAAAGUUCUCUACUAUGUAAACCCUC